UUUUUAUAUCAUAACAAACUAAAGUUGGAGAAAUAAUAUAACCAUACAUGGCAUCAAUAUUCAUAACCAGAAACGCAAUGGCAGCAAUGUUCAUAACAAGAACCACCGUCUUCCGCUGCUACACCAAAUCAUCAUCACUCUCCCUCAGAUUCUCCCACAGACCCUCCUCCAGGAUCGUCUUUGCUUCUGCCUCCAAUAACUACUCAGACUGGAGAAAUGCAGCAGAAGGGCCUGGAGAGAGAUCAAGAAGUGAUAAUUGGUCGUACGAUGGUACGAAAGCAAGACGCGAAGCAGAAGAGAGCGCAGAGAGAGCGAGAGAAACGAUGAAGGAAGGCGUGGAUUGGAGAAAUGCAGCAGAAGGGCCUGGAGAGAGAUCAAGAAGUGAUAAUUGGUCGUACGAUGGUACGAAAGCAAGACGCGAAGCAGAAGAGAGCGCAGAGAGAGCGAGAGAAACGAUGAAGGAAGGCGUGGAUAGUGCAAAAGAAGGAGCACAAGAGAUGAAGGAGAGAACGAAAGAGUAUGCUCAUGAGGCGAAGGAGAAGACGAAAGAAGGCGCAGAGGACGCCCAGGAUGCAGCUGCAAGAAUGGCGGAGACGACGAAGAACGCAGCUGAUCGGAGCGGCGAGACUCUUAGGAAUGUUGGUGAGAAGGCUAAGGAGACUGUGCAAGGUGCUUGGGAGGCUACCAAAGACACCACCAAGAAGAUCAAGGAUACUGUCGUUGGAAAGAAUUAUGAUGACGACGACGAUGAUGAUGAAGAAGCGCGUGGUGUGUUGGGUGAUGAUAUUGCAGAUUUGAAGAGAAAAGAAGAUCGUAAGAAUAAGGGGUAUAGUGACACCUAGAAUUGUCAAUUAAUUUAGAUUAAUUAAUAAGUUUAAUAUUAGUAUUUUACAGCAUGCAAGAUAUAUAUGUAUCAAGUUUGUUUAACUCUUUCGCUUGGAAUAAGAAUUUAGAUAGUCUUAUGUAUACGGACACUAUAUACAAUAAAUCACUAUCUUAGUAUA